AUGAUUCCAUCAAUAGCUACAUCGUUUGAUCCUGCUCAAGCUGUAGGACAGUCGUUGCAAGAUGGACCAAUCGACUUGGAGGUUAUCCACGACUUUGCUGUAAAUGUAAUACUGAGAGCAGGUGCAUUGUUACGAAAGCAUACACUCUUACGAGCAUCACAGUCACGACAAGAAAGUCAAAGUAUAGCAAGUACAUCUGCAUUGCACGAUACAGAAGUGAAAGCAUCACAAGUAGAUCUGGUGACAAAAGUGGAUAUUGCAUUGGAGGACUUUAUUCGUCAAGAAAUCCAAAACGCUUUCCCGAAUCAUGAAAUCGUAGCAGAAGAAUCAUUCGGAAAGAAUGCAGAUGUAAAGCAAAGUUGGAAAAGAGGUCGUGGUCCAACAUGGUUUGUGGAUCCAUUAGAUGGUACAUUGAAUGCAACCCAUCUUUUUCCAUUGCAUUGCAUUUCAAUCGGAUUUGCAUGUUCGCACAAGCAUUCAGACUAUCAAGAGCCCAUUUAUGAUGAUGCUCUUGUGGGCGUAAUCUAUGCACCUUCUAUGGGCGCAACAGAGAAAGCGAGCAUCGCACAUGGCUGCUCAUUAUCAGAAUUGAAGCAGCCCUCAAAUGAUCUUGAAUCUUCAUUCGUACCAGCCCAACGUCUGCCACUGAUUGCACAUCCAUUGCCUUCAAAUGCACCAAGCGGCAUUCUAUUUGCGAGCGAAUGGGGUAAAGAUCGCAGGAGAGGGCAGAAUGGACAAGGCAAUCUAUCAGGCAAGAUGACAACGAUGACAAAUAUGGCAGCUAAUGAUUGGCCAAAAGAGUCCGAGGGAGAAGAUGCUCGUUAUGUACACGGGAUACGCAGCUUGGGGAGCUCUACUUUGGAUCUUGCAUUUGUUGCACAAGGUUCGAUUGACGUUUUAUGGGAAGGUGGUUGUUGGGAGUGGGAUGUUUGUGCUGGUGUGGCUUUGUUGUUGGAAUCAGGUGGUCUUUUGACUGAUUCUAAUCCGCCGCGGAAAUCACAUUCACCUUUUUGGCACGAUGGCAAUAGAUUACCAAGAGCCGAUCUGGGAGCUCGACGAUUCUUGGCCGUCAGAGGAUGUACGGACACAGAAACAGAAAAGGCUGUCGAAGCACAAGAGCGAGUCGCACGG